GCGAUCGUGGAGAAUCUGAGUGGGAGGAAGCUGAGCGUCUUGGCUGGCAUUCUCCUCGCUGGCCAGAUUGCCUGCUUCCUCCUCGGCGGUCUCAUUGGCAAGUGUUCCUUAAACUGCCUCUUGUCUGUCCCUGACAGUUCCCUAUCUCACAAUUUUUCUUUUUUGCCCCCAGCUCCCUCUCCAUCGAAUGUGAUGAACAUUUUGGCCACAAAGUGCAUUAAGGAUUAUCGGAACCGCACGGCGGAUCAGGCCUGGUUUUACCCAAGAGGAGAAGGGACGUGUCGUUCUGUGAGUAAAUUCACCGAAGACGUCAUCCAAGCAGAGAAGAUCACGGCAAACGAAGUCGUCUUCGCCUUCCAGGCAAGUACCGCGUUACGAGUUGAGCUGGACUACUCUCGUUGGAUGCAGAAUCUCAUCGGAAUCCUCAUGAUCGAUGUCUUGCACAAUGAGGAACAUCCCAUGCAAGAGAAGGUGGACAUAACAUUAGAGGUGCGGCUGGGCUAUCGAAAUAAAGGUGAUGCACCAGGGGACUGGAAACUCUUGGCCGAAUCACAGGAAGUCCGCAGCCUUCAUUGCAGCAUUAAUCAAGCAAAGGACCAUUACCUAUACGACUGUCCCAUUCUCCCCCUGUUCGAACUGGGAAGUCUGCAUCACGACUACUACCUUCUCAAUGUCCGCAUCCCCGUCGAGAAGAAGAAUGUAAAAGGGCAAGUAGUGGAAGUCAAUGCAGGACUUGGGAGCAUUGAGGAUCUGUGGCUUGUGGUAUGCACUCCGACAUAUGGUUUUCCACGAAGUGAUGUGUCUCAUCUGAUCGUUGAGAGCAUUGAAUGGUGUCACGUAUUUCCUGCAGGCCAUCAAUCAGAAUGGGGGCUUCACAAAAGUGUGGGUGUCACUCAAGACGACGUUCUUCCCGAUCGUCAUCGGGGCAUGGCAUGGUUUUGGCAUCGCAUCACCCUUCUCUCUCAACCACCUGCUCUCUUGGAACGCAUGCUGCUUGCUCUCGGCUGUGCACUCUCCAUCCUCAACUUGCCAUUGGAAUAUCUGAGCCUGUUCAUCAACAUGCCCUGGAUGCUGCUGUUCUCAGAUGUACGGCAAGGAAUCUUCUAUGCCACUCUCCUCAGCUUCUGGCUCAUAUUUGCUGGCGAACACCUUAUGGAUGAGGUGAAACGUAAUUCACUGAAGGCAUACUGGGGACACCUGUCUGCUGUGUUCUUUGGUUGUUUCUGCCUGUUUGUGUUCGACAUGUGUGAGCGGGGGACACAGCUUCAAAAUCCCUUCCAUUCCAUCUGGGAGACUGCGCCUGGCUCCCACUUUGCUGUAUCCUUUCCAUGCAUCUUACAAUUUGCUUUCAUCAUCCUGGCAGGAAUUUCUGCUUGCAUAUACUUCCUGUUUCUGGCAUACAUGAUCUACCGUGUAUUCAUCAACAUCAGUGCCAAGCAGAGUGCUCUCCCCUCCAUGUCUUCCCUCCGUCGCAUGCAUUACCAGGGAAUCAUCUAUAGAUUCAAGUUCCUCAUGCUUUUCACACUCCUUACGGCUGCUUUGACUGUCUCAGAAGGGAGAUGGAAAUGGGAUGAAGACAUCACAGUGGAAUAUACAUCAGCCUUCUUCACUGGUGUUUAUGGGAUGUGGAACAUCUAUGUCCUCGCACUUCUGGCAUUCUAUGCUCCUUCACACAAGAAGCAGCCUGAA